AUGGCGUCCUUCGGGAUCGCGCUCGCGCUGUCCGAGGACGGCAGCGAGGUUGUCGCCUGGCACAUUCGCACAUUCAACCGGCCGCUCAAGUCGCAGGCAGAAGAAGGAUUCCCCCCGUUUGACAAGAGAAAAGGAGAAUUAAGGAGCGCUCUUGCCUUCGUCAAUGCGGACCACCACGUAACACGUAUCAACCGCACCGUCAACAAGCGCCUUUACAAGAAACGUGAAGUCGAACAGAAAGCAUGGGAGAAGCACGGCGGGCCAGACGGUUUCGACGCAUACGUUAGAAGGCUGCAACACAACCGCUUCAAACGCGCGCUCGCAAAGCCUAUCCCACAACCCUCGACCUCUAAUGCUGCGACCAGCACGCACGUCGCGCAGCCAUUGCCUGUGCCAUCGCGUGACGGCCGGUCGUGGGUCCUAGAAGCAUGCAAUAGAGCGCUCGACUGGGACGACAGGACGUACUCGAACCCGUACGAGGGCUCCUUCCCCUUAUACGACAGCCCGCGCGCUCGGGCGAAGCCUAUGCAAGAGGCCCUCCGGUUUCAGGCGACAUAUCCCUUGUCGCGCCCGACGGUUCCCUUGCCUGCGUCGCCGACUAUAGAUGCUCUGCGCGCCAUUCUGGCAGAAGCGCCGCGGCUGCCGAAGGAACAGGCCCACUCUUUCGAACCGAUCCUCGUACUGGGGAUCGACGCGACCCAUCACUCCUGGCCAGAGGAGGAUUACUCGUACGAAUGGGCAACGUGGUAUCUGAACAACCUCUUUACUGCACUCUGCAACGUCAUCAUCGUUCAUGGCACCGGCGAGGCCGGCUGGCUCUCAAUACGCUGGGAAGUUUACGACAAGUACACGGAGUGCAUCGGCGGAAUCUCGUAUGACCGUAAAGACGGGUGGGCCGACGGAGCGGCGCACUGGCUAGACGGCGCUUAUUCCCUCGAUGACCCGAGGAACAUCGCGUUCUCGUUCUCCUCGAGGUCGAAGAGCGUCGUAGGCAGCCGAUACAACCAAAUGCUGCCGUACCGGACACCAGCGGACCAUCCGCACGUCGGGCGCGGAUAG